GUCCCGUACCGCUGUGUGUCAGUGUUUCUCGAGGGUGGUGGGGGGGGGGAGGUUCCGCUGUGCUCCGCGCUGCCCCGCGUCUCGCUCGGUUCUGGAGCAGCUCCGCGCUGUCCCCGCCGCCGCUGUUUGCCUCCGUCCUGCGUGCGCUCCGCGCGGCUCGGGAGUUUGCGGUUGCCGUUGCUACUGUUGUCACCUCCCGAGAACCUUCGGCGGCUCGCUCUGCGCUCUCGGGUUGGGCGCGGUAACAGACCUGAAACGAUGAAAUCAAGCUGCUUUUGGUUGUGUCUCGUAUUGCUUGGGGUAUUCCCAUCAGUCACGAGGGGAUGGAUGGACGUGGACAGGAGCAGAAGUCUAUAUUCAGAUGUGGGCAGGUUGCAUCAAGAGGACUCCAGAAGGUUUGAAGUUACAAGAAGAAAAGCUCACAUGGAAUUCGCCACAGGACUUGUGUUGGAUAUUUUCCUGCCUCCGUUUUGGGCCGCAGCCAUUCGGACUGUGCUUUAUGGGCAGGAUGGCCUCCAUGCAUCAUGUGAGAAGAAGUACUGUGGCCGUGGGAGUAAGUGUGUGGUGAACAAGGACACCAACCAGCCCGAGUGCAGGUGCAUAGAAACUUGCAAGUCCAGCUACAUGCCUGUGUGUGGAUCUGAUGGCAAAUUCUAUGAAAAUCAUUGCCAGCUGCAUCAAGCCUCCUGCCUGCAGAGGAAGAAGAUCUACAUUAUCCAUAGCAAGGACUGUUUCUUCAAAGGUGACACCUGUACAAUGGCAGACUACAGCCGCCUCAAAAGCAUCCUCCUGGACCUGCAGGCUCAUCGGCAGAGCCCACCAAGCAGCCUGGCCGAGGAUAGGAUAUCCCAGAAGCGCUUCUUAGUUGAAGAUCUGUUUAAGCACUUGGAUCUAAACAGUGAUGGGCAUCUCAGCAGCUCUGAACUGGCUCAGCUAAUGAAGAAGGAGGACCUGGAAGAUGAUUUAUUGGAUUGUACACUAGAAGACCUUCUCCGCUUUGAUGAUUACAACAGUGACGGCCGCUUAACCCUGCAGGAGCUCUACACAGCCUUCCAGGUGGUUCGGCUGAGCCUACCUGAGGACCAGAAGAUCAGUGUUACCACCAUCACUGUUGGCCUCAGCACCGUCCUGACGUGCAGCAUCCGCGGGGCACUGCGGCCUCCCAUCAUCUGGAAGCGCAACGGAGUCAUCCUCAACUUCCUUGACUUGGAGGACAUCAACGAUUUUGGAGAAGAUGAUUCCCUCUACAUCACCAAGGUAACAACUAUUCACAUGGGCAAUUACACCUGUCAUGCUUAUGGCUAUGAAGAGCUGUAUCAGACCCACAUCCUUCAGGUGAAUGUGCCGCCGGUGAUUCGCGUCUACCCCGAAACGCAGGCGCAGGAGCCCGGCGUGUCGGCCAGCCUGAAAUGUCACGCCGAAGGCAUCCCUAAUCCCCGCAUUAGCUGGCUGAAGAACGGCAUUGAUAUCAUGCCAAAACUCUCCAAACAACUCUCGCUGCUAGCAAAUGGAAGCGAGCUUCAUAUCAGUAGCGUGCGGUAUGAAGACACUGGUGCCUACACCUGCAUUGCUAAAAAUGAGGUGGGAGUGGAUGAGGACAUAUCUUCACUUUUCAUAGAGGACUCGGCCAGAAAGACACUUGCAAACAUACUGUGGCGAGAGGAAGGCCUGAGUGUUGGGAAUAUGUUCUAUGUCUUUUCUGAUGAUGGGAUCACAGUCCUUCAGCCAAACGAAUGUGAAAUCCGGAGACACAUCAGGCCUGAAGAGAGGAUUUUCACAAGUUAUGAAGAGAUCUGUCCUAGAGUGGAAGGUGAAGGCACUCAGACCUGCCUUUGGGCUUCAGCGGUCAAUGUCAGAGACAAGUACAUUUAUGUGACACAGCCUAAGCAGAACAGAGUAAUGAUAAUUGAUAUCCAGACUCAGAAAGCCGUGCAGACCUUUGACGUUGACCCAUUGCCAACCAAAUUGCAUUACGACAAGUCCCACGACCAAGUCUGGGUGCUUAGCUGGGGUGACAUGCAGAAGUCCUCUCCAACGCUGCAGGUAAUACCAGAGGCAAGCAGCGGGGAGGAGCAGCAUGUGAUCCGCACGCCCUUCCAAGGAGUGGAGGAGUUUUUUAUACCACCUACAAAUCUUAUUAUUAAUCAUGUUAGGUUUGGCUUCCUCUUUAACAAAUCGAGACCUGCCAUUCACAAAAUUGACCUGGAAACUGUGACCCACAUCAAGACCAUCAACUUCAAGAACCACAGCUGCAUCCCACAGGCCAUGGCCUACACCCACUUGGGCGGCUACUUCUUUGUCCAGUGCAGGAGGAGCAGGUCACUGGCUGUGUCACCACAGCUGAUCAUUGACAGCGUCACGGAUGCUGUCAUCGGCCCCAACGGCCAGGUGUCAGGCACGCCUCACAUCUCACCUGACGGACGCUACGUGGUCAGUACGGAUGAAGACAGUGGCAGGAUCAAAGUCCAGGCUGUAACUGUUCGAGGGGAAAUCGAGUUGAUUUACGACUUACAAACAAACAUACACGUAUCUGAUCUGACAUUUCAACCCUCUUUCACUGAAGGCAAUCAGUACUAUAUAUAUGCUACUUCACAUUUGCAAACAGAUGUGCUUUUUGUAGAGCUGUCAACGGGGAAAAUGAAUGUACUGAAGAAUCUAAAGGACCCUAUCACAUCCAAAGACUGGCCCUGGAGCAGCUACAACAGAAUUAUGAAAGACAGUGGAUUAUUUGGACAGUAUCUCAUUACACCCUCUAAAGAUUCACUGUUUGUUAUAAAUGGGAGGCAAAAUACGUUACGCUGCGAGGUUUCGGGCAUAAGGAGGGGUAACACAGUGGUGUGGGUUGGAGAGGUAUGAAAAGGCAAUAGCAGCAGAGCCUUCAGCAGGCAAGAACCAGUUGGACCUUUCCACUGCAACAAAGGAGCAGUAGCAUUGUAUAUUUUUACACUGGGAACAGAAGACAAAAAAAAAAAAAAAACCUAAAACCACAAAAAAAAGCAAAAAAAAAGGUAAAAAAAAGAAAAAAAACCCCUAAAAAAACCCCAAACCUGUAUAGGCUUCAUGGUACAACACUGGUCUACUUGCAAGGUUUUUAAUCUGAGGUGUGCUCUGCUAAUAGGAAGUGGUUUUGAAGGGGUGGGUUUUUUUUAAUUUGAGGGGAUGAUUUGUGGAUAUGAGAAGGAAAAAAGAAACCCAAACGCUGGGAAGUGAAUAAUAUCUCCACUGAGAUACUGUAGAAGCCACGAAACCUAGUGACCCUGUAAGAACAAACCCCCUUUUGAGUUCCCAUCCUGAGGAGCUGUUUUGUUCUCUUCAAGCCAUCAGUAUUCUCCCCUGUCCCUAACCCUGCCCGUUAGCUGUGCUGACUACCCAACCACAACCCAAAAGGACUGCAGCAGCAGGGACCGAAGCUAAAUCGACCUUCAGAUAAGGAGGGAAACUAAGAUCAGCCAGCAGUUUUCAACCCUCUGAAACUGAGGAGAGUGAUGUAAUGAAAACUGAUCAGUUUGUUCUGCAGGGUGGCUCUGGGAGUAUUCAUGGAUGUGGUUGCAGGAGGAAGGCACAGCAGAAAUAGGAGCUGGCAGCUCGCUGUCUUCUGCGCUUCGUUUUGCUCUGGGUACUUCUGAAGGCAACGUUAUGAGUCCUCCUCCCCUUCUCUUGCGUAUUUGUGUGAUGGCAUUUGAGAAAUCUGGCAUGAAGUAUCCAGGUCAUUGGAGUGGGUAAAGCCAGGAAACACGUGGAUGAGUGUUCAGAGUUUGCAAAAAAGGCUGUUGGGAAGGGGCCAUGAUUCUUUCAGCAGCUUGUGAGUGGUCAGCUCGGGCACAGUAUGCAAAGUCUGCUCUUCAGGGGCCAAGAACUUGUUAUGGUUAUUGCCAUAGGAGUCAGCAACGCUUCCAGAGACUGUUGGUUUCUCUCAUGAAAUAUUUAGUAGCACUGAAGUCAUUUGGUUCUUCAUAAACUGAUAGCUACAAUGACAGAAGAUAUUUUUAAUAGAAAACUCACUCAUUUUCCAGUCAUAGCCUUAAUUUCCCUAUUUCUUUCCAGACAUCCUGGGAAACAAUUUUUCUUUGCCCUUUUUUUCUUCCUGUUUAUAGUUUAUAUAGUUCACUUGUUUAUAGUCAAUUAUGUUUUGGUUAUGAGCAAAGAUAUUUGUGUCAAACCAGCUGAAUUACCCUAGAAUGCAACAGCUGGCCUGAAGAAAUUUGAGUUGAGUUCCCAUUAAAAAAGCAAGGAUCCCUUUGCCCAUUUGGAAGAGAAAAAAAAUUUCUAGUUGGAGCUGUCUACAUCCACCACCAGGAAGGAAUCAGGCCAAGAGCAGCUUUGACUCCUAGAUUAAUGCAAACCAGGUGAGCACCACUGCCACCAUUGAAUGGGCACAUCCAGGCAGUUGGAUCUCACAUACUGCUUAGAAAUGUAGUCUUGGAGCAGGUGAAGACUCUCUCUGGAGGUAAACAUCUCUCACAUCAGAGCCAGCCACCCACCAGCCUUUCAGAAGACCCAGCUCCACUUGUAAGUGACCUCGUUGCCCAGGGUUUGUACUAAAGCAGCUGCUGGAGGCAUCCAGUGACACGAAGUAGCAUGUGAAUUACUUUCCAGCACGGAUGCUCAAAGCCACCCUUUUCACAAGGCACAGAGAGGGAUGUGAGGAGAGAAGGAUGCAGGCCAACACUGGUAAUCUCUGCUCUAAAUGCCAAACUUUACCCACUGAGUCGCGUUUGGCCGUGGCUGUAGACCUGAAGUCACUGAAGCCAUUUUGCUUCUAUAGAGAAUAUAAUACAAAUCUGUUCAGACAGAAGAAGAAGGGGAGCUGAAUCCUAUGAAUUCAUGAAACAUGGAGUCCUUGAAAUUGCCCUUCCACACCCAUAGGCUGAAACCUCCAUCUCCUUUCACUUAUGAGCCAUAGGGGUUAGAAGAGACGAUCCCAUCAUUGCAACACAGUCAUAGAGCUCAGAUUGGCAUAGCCUUCCUUUAGCAAUGCAUGGUGUCCAUGAUUUUCUACUCAUCUGGUUAGGAGACAUACCCAUGUCAAGGAAAGGAGAAGACCAGCUUUGUAAGUACCUUUAAAUAUGCACAACUCCUUUCUUGAACAACGCUGUGUCCAUCCAUCGCGGCCAUCCUAAGUGUGUUUUACCAAGGCCAAACACUGCUCUCGUGUUCUUUUAUGACUUCUUGACUCUUUUGUUAUGCCUCUGGUAAGUUUCCCUGUAGAGACGUUCAUUGUGUCAUAGAUCAAGCAAAUAUUACUUUUUUAAGGGUGUUAAAAAGAGGUGUAUAUAUCUGUUCAGGUAAAUAUCCUUGAGGCUGGUUUAUAUAUGGCUGUGAAAGAUAUGUAACAGACCUCACUUCUUCCUCUUUGUUGCAAACCAUUGGAAUAGCGUUCACUUGAAGAACCCCACUUGGAACCUUCCAAAGAUGUUCCCUUUCUUCCCUCUUCAGCCCAAGUUCUGGUGAUGUGUUUUCUAAAUUAUCCUAAUGGUUAUAUAUCAUACUUAGAAAAAUGGAAGUGCAACUUAGAUUGUCCACACUCCUUGUGAACAGUUCCAAUGACAGUCAAACCUGACAUUAAAGUGCUGCACAUUUGUUACUCUGAUUUUA